AUGGCCUGCCUCAAGGGCCUCAAUUGGCUCAACGAUGAGGUCAUGAACAUCUACAUGGGCCUGCUCCUAGACCGGGACGCUGAGCGGCGGCGGGCGGGACUGGUGCCGACCUGCCACUUCUUCAACAGCUUCUUUGUGAACAAGCUGUACAAAGACGCGCAUGCCUACUCCUACAAGGCCGUCCAGCGUUGGACCCUGCCCAAGAAGCUCAAUCUGCAGAACCAGGCGCGCGCUCUCUUUACACCUUUUAGCAUCCUGGAUGUGGAGCGCGUGAUUGUGCCAGUCCAUCUGGGCAACCACUGGACCUGCGCCCUCAUCGACCUGGUCGCCCAGGAGAUUGUCUACUUCGACUCCCUCGGGGGCCGUGAGGACAAGAUCCUGCGAGCACUGCGCUCGUACAUCGCGGAUGAGUAUAGGGACAAGCGCAAUGCUGAGGUGGACACGUCCGAGUGGCCCAUCAGGUAUCCUAGGGAUGUGCCUCUGCAGCAGAACGGCUGCGACUGCGGCGUGUUUGCUCUCCAGUUUGCUGAGCAUCUGUCGCGCGGAGCUCCCAUGGACUUCUCCCAGCUUGACAUGCCGUUCUUCCGCGCCAAGAUCGCGGCUGACAUCAUGACCGGCCGCAUCGCAUGA